UAUAGUCAAAAUCUUUACCUUUUAUCAAUUUGAAGAGCUCAGUUCAGCAGCUGGCAUGAAGAAAGCCUCUCAAACUUCACUGCCUGCUUUGCUUCCUCCAUGGUUUCUAUGUAAUCAUCAGGUUCACUGAUGUGUCACUUCAACACCAAACGGACUCACCUGACCUUCACCUCGACCCCACAGUGUCUGCUAACGAGUCUGGGUUACAGCCGGGCUUCGCUGCCCUUUGUUCCUUCACCGUUCAACCAACCAAAUAUUUGUGAUGCUUCACAUUCUUGCUCAGUCAGGCCGCCAAACCCCCGCAACGCUAUGGAUAUUCGAGACUGUCCCUUCCGGAAGAAGCGGAGACCGUGGCGCAUCGGCUUCCCAUCCUUCGCCCUGCUGACUGUGGCGCUCACCCUGUGCCAGACCACCGUGGCUCGGGCAGAUCCAGUGGACGUGUUGCGUGCUCUGCAGGUUCCCUCUCUCCCUGAGGGUGUGAAGAAAGUCCCAGGCUUCUGCACAACCCGUCGCUCCAGCAGCCCUGAUCAUGCUUACCGUAUCACCAAGAAGGCCCAGAUCUCAGCCCCCACUAAGCAGCUCUUCUCAGGUCGUUUCCCAGAGAACUUCUCCAUCAUGACUCUGAUCAAGCCCCAGGCUGGUCUGCAGGCUUUCCUCCUCUCCAUCUACAGUGAGCAGGGGAUCCAGCAGUUGGGCAUCGAACUGGGACGCUCACCUGUUUUCCUGUAUGAGGACCAGCAUGGCAAACCAGCUCCUGAGGAUUACCCACUCUUCAGAGGCAUCAACCUGGCUGAUGGCAAGUGGCAUCGGAUCGCGUUCUCUGUUUCAAAGAAAAAUGUGACACUGCUGCUGGACUGUAAGAAGAAGAUGACCCGUCCUCUGGCCCGAGGAAAUAAUGCUGAGGUUGACACCAACGGCAUCACCGUGUUUGGAGCUCGUCUGCUUGAUGAAGAAGUUUUCCAGGGAGACAUCCAGCAGCUGUUAAUUGCCUCCAACCCUCAGGCAGCAUAUGACUUUUGUGAACACUACAGCCCUGACUGUGACUCCCCUCUGCCCAAAACCCAAGCUCAGGACCCCAACACAUACUACUUUGAUGAGGAGCAGGAUGACCAUGAAUACCCCUAUUAUUAUGAGGAAAAACAGGCUUUCCCUCCAAGUAAAUCUAAACCCACAUCUGCUCCUGCUAAGAUUCCUGUCAAACAGGAUGUAGACACUGAAUAUUCUGAGGCUGGCCACACCGCUACAGACACCGAUUAUUACUAUGAGGAGAUGGUUCCACAGCCAGACGGUGAGGUGAUUGGACAAGAAGAGAUACCUGUUCAGCCCCAGGUAGAACCAGCCCUGGACGGAGAGGAGUUAGAUGCCACAAAGACAGGCGGUGUGGGAGAAGAAGUCUUCACUGAGGAGUAUGUGACUGGAGACGUGGGCAUGAAGGAAUAUGAUUAUUCCUACAAAGACUACAGUGACCCAGUACCAGAGACCGGAGAGGCUGAUGGCUACAUUGGGCCCGCCUUGUCCGCUGUGACCGAUGAGGGAGGCGCCGGCAUCAGCGGCCAGAAAGGAGAGAAGGGAGAACCAGCUGUUUUGGAGCCUGGAAUGCUGAUUGAAGGUCCUCCAGGGCCUGAAGGACCUGCUGGGCUUCCAGGACCUUCUGGUCCUUCUGGACCCCCCGGCUCAGUGGGUGACCCUGGUGAGAGGGGUCCUCCUGGUAGGGCGGGACUGCCUGGUGCCGAUGGAGUUCCUGGACCUCCUGGAACCUCAGUCAUGCUGCCUUUCCGCUUUGGACAGAGUGGAGGAGAUAAAGGUCCGGUUGUUUCUGCACAGGAAGCCCAGGCAGCAGCCAUCUUGUCUCAGGCCAGGAUGGCUCUGAAGGGACCGCCUGGACCGAUGGGAUUCACUGGACGCCCAGGACCCCUGGGAAAUCCAGGAAGUCCAGGUUUGAAAGGAGAGAGUGGAGACCCUGGUUCUCAGGGCCCCAGGGGUCCCCAGGGUUUGCUGGGUCCUCCAGGAAAAUCUGGAAGAAGAGGUCGUGCUGGUGCUGAUGGAGCCAGGGGAAUGCCAGGAGAGACUGGAACCAAGGGUGAUCGUGGUUUUGAUGGCCUUCCUGGUUUGCCUGGUGAUAAAGGGCACAGAGGUGACCCGGGUCCAAUGGGACUGCAAGGAUCUCCUGGAGAGGAUGGAGAGAGGGGAGACGAUGGAGACGUUGGACCUAGGGGUCUCCCAGGUGAACCCGGACCUCGUGGUUUGCUUGGCCCUAAAGGUCCUCCAGGAAUCUCUGGACCUCCUGGUGUAAGAGGAAAUGAUGGACCUCAUGGUCCCAAAGGAAACUUGGGUCCACAAGGUGAGCCAGGACCUCCAGGUCAGCAGGGAACUCCAGGAACUCAGGGAAUGCCAGGACCGCAGGGGGCGAUCGGACCACCAGGAGAGAAAGGCCCCACUGGAAAACCAGGUUUGCCUGGAAUGCCAGGAGCUGACGGCCCUCCUGGUCACCCAGGAAAGGAGGGGCCUUCUGGCACUAAAGGAAAUCAGGGUCCCAACGGUCCUCAGGGAGCGAUUGGUUACCCUGGACCUCGUGGCAUUAAGGGAGCUCAAGGAAUCCGGGGCCUAAAGGGUCACAAAGGAGAGAAGGGUGAAGACGGAUUCCCAGGAAUUAAGGGAGAUUUUGGUGUCAAGGGAGAAAGGGGUGAGAUUGGAGUACCUGGACCUAGAGGAGAGGACGGUCCUGAGGGGCCAAAGGGUCGUGUUGGACCCCCUGGUGAGCUUGGAACAAUUGGCCUCGCUGGGGAGAAGGGAACAUCUGGAAGCGAGGCCCUCCUGGUCCUCCUGGAGAGAGGGCUUGCCUGGACCUCAGGGAGCAAGGCUUGCCCCAAAGGACCUCCUCAGCACAGAUUAUCUGUUCAUUCAGUUUCUCUUCUGCAGGGUUUCCAAGGUAAAAUGGGUCCACCCGGACCGCCUGGAGUUGUUGGACCUCAGGGUCCGUCAGGAGAAACUGGCCCCAUGGGUGAGCGGGGCCACCCUGGCCCCCCUGGUCCACCUGGAGAGCAGGGGCUCCCUGGUCAGUCAGGGAAAGAGGGCACUAAGGGCGACCCCGGGCCCCCAGGAGGUCCUGGAAAAGACGGGCCCCCAGGUCUGAGAGGUUUCCCCGGAGAGAGAGGACUUCCUGGAACCCCUGGUGGAGGAGGACUGAAAGGAGGAGAAGGACCUGCUGGGCCUCCUGGACCUGCUGGUUCUCCUGGUGAGAGGGGCCCAGCUGGAACUGCCGGACCUGUGGGGCCUCCGGGCCGACCCGGUCCUCAGGGGCCUCCUGGACCAGCUGGAGAGAAAGGAGUCCCAGGAGAAAAAGGACCUAUUGGUCCAGCGGGUCGAGACGGAGUUCAAGGACCGGUGGGUCUGCCAGGUCCUGCUGGAUCACCUGGAGUACCUGGAGAGGAUGGUGAUAAGGGUGAGGUUGGAGAACACGGUCAGAAAGGAGCCAAGGGAGGAAAAGGAGAGCAUGGUCCUCCUGGCCCACCUGGUCCAAUGGGUCCAGUCGGUCAGCCUGGUCCUGCUGGUGCAGAUGGGGAACUGGGCCCCAGGGGCCAGCAGGGGCCGUUUGGCACUAAAGGUGAUGAUGGGACUCGAGGAUUUCCAGGAGCUCCAGGACCAAUCGGACUGCAGGGACUUCCUGGGCCACCGGGUGAGAAGGGAGAAACUGGCGAUGUUGGACCUCUGGGGCCUCCAGGACCUCCUGGACCUCGCGGCCCUGCUGGUCCCAACGGAGCCGACGGUCCUCAAGGUCCUCCUGGUGGUUUAGGCAAUCCUGGACCUCUUGGAGAGAAGGGAGAACCUGGUGAAGCUGGACCUCCUGGUGUUGGAGGAGAGCCUGGAAAGAAGGGGCCUCGUGGAGAGCGUGGAGAAAAAGGAGAGGCUGGACAACCUGGAACUGCUGGACCUGCAGGAGGAAGAGGACGACCCGGAGACGACGGACCCAAAGGAAACCCAGGUCCUGUUGGUUUCCCUGGUGACCCCGGACCCCCUGGUGAGGUCGGACCCAGAGGUCAAGAUGGGGCCAAAGGUGAGCGAGGAGAGGACGGUGAACAGGGAGAGUCGGGUUCCCCGGGACCUCCUGGAGAGAAUGGACCUCCUGGUCCGCCAGGAAAGAGGGGUCCUGCUGGAACAAGAGGAGCAGAAGGACGACAAGGAGAGAAAGGAACCAAAGGAGACCCCGGUGCCGUUGGACCUCCUGGAAAAACUGGACCUGUUGGUCCUCAGGGUCAACCAGGAAAACCAGGAACAGAAGGUCUGAGAGGUCUGCCAGGAUCAGUGGGAGAGCAAGGAGCUCCAGGAGCUGCUGGACAGAAAGGACCGCCUGGACCGAUGGGACCUCCGGGUCUGCCUGGUCUGCGUGGAGAACCCGGAGCGAAGGGAGAGAAGGGCCACCAGGGUCUCAUUGGUCUGAUUGGACCUCCAGGCGAGCAGGGAGAGAAGGGAGACCGAGGUCUGUCUGGGCCGCAGGGGUCCACUGGACCCAAAGGAGAGCCGGGUAUGGCUGGAGGCACCGGACCUCUCGGCCCAGCUGGUCCUCCUGGUCUUCCUGGACCCCAAGGUGUCAAAGGAGCAAAGGGUGCAACAGGAGGAUCUGGUCCAAAAGGAGAAAAGGGAGUACAGGGACCUCCUGGAGAGCCUGGUCCACCAGGCGACGUCAUUCAGCCGAUCCCCAUCCAGAGGAGUCCCAAGUCCAAACGCUCCAUUGAUGCCAGUCAGCUGCUGCCGGAGUUCGACCCGGAGAUGCCGGCGUCGGACACGGCCGGCGCAGAGUUCCUGAUGGGCAGCGAGGGCAUGGAGGAGAUCUUCGGCUCUCUGAAUUCACUGUGGCGCGAGAUCGAGACGAUGCGCUUCCCUGUUGGCACACAGGACAGCCCGGCCCGCACCUGCCAGGACCUCCACCUCAGCCAGCCAGAACUCAAGGAUGGAGAAUACUGGAUUGAUCCCAACCAGGGCUGCUCCAGAGAUUCCUUCAAGGUCUUCUGUAAUUUCACUAGUGGAGAAACGUGUCUGCACCCCAGAAAAGGCAUCGACACGGUAAAGAUGAACACCUGGGCCAGAGAGACUCCAGGCUCUUGGUACAGUCAGUUUGCCUCUGGCAGUAAGUUCUCCUACGUGGACUCCAACGGUGCGCCCAUAGCUGUGGUCCAGCUGGGCUUCCUGCGUCUCCUGAGCGUCCAGGCCCGUCAGAACCUAACAUACCACUGCCACCGCUCAGUGGCCUGGGCCGACCGAAGUGCCAAGAACAACCACAAGAGGGCGCUGCACUUCAGAGGCGCCAACGACGAGGAGCUGAGCUACGAGAACAACCCUUACAUCAAAGCGCUGAUCGACGGCUGCUCUUAUCGUAAAGGCUUUGACAGGACAGUCCUGGAGAUCAACACGCCGCAGCUGGAGCAUCUCCCUCUGCUGGACAUCAAGGUGACAGACUUUGGGGAGAGCAACCAGCAGUUUGGCUUUGAACUGGGACCUGUCUGUUUCCAGGGCUAAACACACAAACACACACCACGCAGAACACACACCAACACUCCCACACACACACACGCACUUAAACAUGCACACGUGAUCAACAUACAUGCCCAGUAAUUUGUAAAUUAACUUGUAAAUGACAUUAAAUACAUAAAACCCACACAGAAACACACACUCACUCUCACUUAUGCGCCUCGGGAAACAUUUCCCCAGCGGCUAACGGACUUAAAAACACAAGAGAAGUGAAAUUAAACUUGUGAAGAGGAGAACGACGACUGGGAGCGUGACGGCAUAGAAGGAGGAAAAAACCAGGAGAGAACAUUCCUUGGAAUAAAACGUUAUUUUCACGAGCAACAGGAAGGAUCCGGCCUGAGAUGGAAGAUGGAGUCGGCGGCACGACGCCUGCAGCUCCCUGGUCUCCAGUCCCACCUCAUUCCUCCCCCAUCCCACUUCCUCCUCCCUCCACCCAGAUCUCCUGCUCUACCUCCCCCACCUCCUUCUGAAAAGAGUCACAUGCAAACUUCAUCUCCAGGUUUAUCGUGCAAAGCAACAUGAUUAACAGUCACUUUAAAAAACUGAAAAGUAGCACCUAUCUUCCUAUAAAAUAUUUUAUUUACUUUGGUUUGCAGCUUUACUGUUAUACAACAACUUGAAUAAAAGUUAUUGACGUUUUUGAAGUGCCUUGUUUUACCUCAUGAAUAAAAUCUGAAUUCAGGCUGAAACAGUGGAAACAAAACUCAGAUUUGAACCAGAAACAAACAUCGUUGCACAUCUAAACUUUGGGUUAUUUCUGGGUGGUAACUGGUUUUGUUUCUUCGUGUUAAUCAUGUUGCUUACAUGUAAACUCAUCCUGCUUCACAUCAGGAGGAACCAAAGAGUUGAUGUCACCAGAUAAAAACAGGGGCCUCACCACAUGAUCUCUGCAGGGUCUUACUUAUCUGAUUCUUUAUUAUCUUCAUCCUGAGCUUCUGUAACGUGAACUUUCUGCUCUGUAAAACAUCAUCGACACCCUGAGGUUUUACCUUUUGUUGCCUAACAUGAUUCCCUGCUUAAAUGAUUAUUAAAAUCUGUCUGAAGGUGCUUUUAAACUCAGCAUUUUUGUUCGUUGGACAAACUGCUGCUGACAUAAAAUAACAGCUGAUGCCUCCAUCAGUGACGUUAAAGCCAUUUUUAUAAGCUGUGCUGAACAUGAAUAUUUCUGGUGCCUUUGUAAAGAAAACAAUCCAAAAUGGCCUCAGCAUGCAUGUGCAGUGACUGUCUGUACGUAAACGCUCCCUUUUCAUUUGUAGGAAAGAUUUACUGAAUUAAACUGUGUAUCAAGGUGCUAAUUAUACAAAACUCCAUUUUUAGUCUCUUUUCUAUUUCACAAAGCGUUUUAGGAGGGAAAUGUGCAUUACAGUACAUUUGUACAGAAAUAGCAAUAUUUUAUUGUAUUUAUUUAAAACAGGGUGCUUUGAGAAUAAAAUAAGAACUAUUAUUUCAGACAGAUGUGUGUUUCAGUUGUAUUUAUUUUAAAGCGGCUCAACUGAAGCGAUUGAUUUGCAUGUUAUGAUCUCAGUCAGCCGGAGCUUCUGUCCAAA